GCAUGAUUUCAUGGAACCUAUAACAUUUGGCAUCAAAACAAUCAUUAAAUAUGGCGCGCUCCAGUUUGUUUACAUGGAAAUUAUCCGCAAUUUUCCGAAAUCUACUUCAUGCUAAUGCUUAUCGACCUCUUGCUGCUCAAGUGCAUCAAUACAAAUCAUUGAACCAAACUAUUCCUCAGAGCAUUUCAGAAAGUCAGCUUGAAAGUGAAACUGAAUCAGAAUCUGAAGGUCCCAUUGAAGUCCAAGAUCUAAAAAUUCAAAUUUUGAAAGCAGGUCUUGAUUUUGUUCCUGAGCAUGGGUGGACUAAAACUUCUUUAUCAUAUGGAGCAAAAUCAUUGGGUCUAGCAACUUCUGCACAUAGCUUAAUUGUAGGAGGAGGUGCACAACUAGUCCAUUAUUUCAAUUUUUCAUCAAACCAACAACUUGGAGAAAUUUUACAAAAAGAAUUUCAUCAAGGGCAAAAAUUUGAUCUCAAGCAAUGUAUAGAAUACGCUUUAGAAACAAGGCUUAGAAUGGUGGAGCCGUACGUAUCCAAUUGGAAAGAGGCUUUGGCUCUGAUGCUAUUUCCCAAUGAACUUCCAGAAGAUUCAAAAAAUCUUUUAGAUCUUGCAGAUAUUAUAUGGAAUUGCUCAGCUGAUAAAUCGUUAGAUGUAAGGUGGUAUACAAAAAGACUCAGUUUAGCUGCAGCUUACAAAGCAUGUGAAUUGAGUUUAAUUCAAGAUAAAUCGCCAGACUUCGUUGAAACAUUUGAUUUCCUUGAAAGACAAGCAGAUGUUGUUGUCAAUACCUCCAAGCUAUUUGAUGAGGUGACAUUAAACAGAAAUCAGCUUGAAGAAAUAAGAGAUGGUGCAUUUAUUACAGUUCGUAAUCUUUUGGGAUUUAACAGAUGGCUGCGAUAGUUUGUGCUACUGUCCAUCAAUCCAUUGCAAUCUUUUUGUUAUUUAUUACAUUAGACAUUUACAAGUUAUACAUUUAAAUUAAAAUUUUCAUCAAAUUAAAGCUCAAGUUGUCUCU